AUGCUUCAUAAUAUUGAAAACGGCGAAGAUACAAAAACUCUGAGCGUUCUAGAUGCAAUUCUAAUGAUAUCGGAAGCUUGGGAAAAGGUCACACAGACCACCAUAGCGAAUUGCUUUCGCCACAAAGCUGUUGACUUUUUCACACCUACCCACCGAUUUUCUACAGAUGAAGAUGACAACUUACCACUAGCUCAAUUGGCUGCUCAAUUACACAGAUCUACUACCACAGAACCAUUGAUUGAAAUAGAAGAAUUUAUUGGAAUAGAUGACAAUGUUGACGUGUGCGCCGUAGUUACUGAGGAAGAGAUUCUUGCAGAAGUUGAAAGUAAUAAUCGUAACACUGAUGAAGAAAACGAAGACCCCCAAGAGCAGUUCCAACCAACAACACUAUGCGAGGCUAUUAAUGCUAUAAUAGUUUUACAAAAUUUUGUUGAUUUUAACAGAGUUUAA